AUGGAAACGAAGAGAAAUUCAGGUUUGUUAGCAAAAAGUGGUUAUCUUUUAGGGUUGGUUUUGGUUUUGGUUCCACCAACCCUUUCAAAUGCCUCAAGUGUUUUCCCUGAAUUCAUAAAGUGGCAUGUGUACGUUAUGAAUGAGUUGAACAACAAGGAAAGUUUAUUGGUUCAUUGCCAAUCCAAAGAUGAUGAUUUGGGUAGUCAUAAACUUUUUGAAGGUGGGAAUUUCACUUGGAGUUUUAGGACAGAUUUCUCACACUCCACUCUAUUUUGGUGUCAUGUGAAGAAGGACAACGACAACAACGAUAACAACAAUAACAACAACGAUUGUGACGAUGGUGUCUCGUUUGACGUGUUUUGGUACGACGAACGUCUUUUUGAGAAGUGUCAUUGGAAGAAUUGCCUUUGGAGAGUUAGGGAUGAUGGUAUUUACCUAACAGCUUUAUAUGAAACUCAAACUGAGGAAUUCUACUAUCACUGGGGUGCUACCAGACUUCCCUGA